AUGUGUAUAUUUUUUUUUUUUAAAAAAUUAUUUUUUGUGGAAAUAAAUGUAUGCUUGAGUUUUUUUUUUUUAUUUUAUUUUAUUUUUGUUUUGUUUUUUGCUGCUGAAGUAAGGAAUAAUGAUUUUUAG